CGUCGUCAUUCGCCCCGUGGUCGUCGGAGGAGCAGGGAACGCUCUGCGCGCUGCUCGCUGGCAGGCACUCGUACCCUGUGUGCGCUCGCAUUAUCCGUUCCGCUGGCAAGGACUAAGAACUACGACCGGAGUCGCGCAUCGCCGAUUCCUGGUUGAGGAGGUGCUGCUGAAAAUCACACAACAAAUAUUUAUGUAUUUGCUGCAAUCAAUAUGGUGCGACGAUGAGUUCCAGUCAAAGACCAAAGACCAAGACCAACUGCAGAAUCAACGAUCUUGCAACAAUAAAUCCACGAAUACUUCAAUAAGCAUUCCAACGCCAAGAGCUUAAAUGGUAUGGCAGAGAAACGCUUACUGCUGGAGCGAUCGGAUUCCUCAGAGACGACGGAGAAACUGGAAGUACAAAUGACCCGGCGAAAGGGCAUCAUCCUCCAGGCAAUCCAGCACCAGUCGCUGCCCGGCAGCUGCCGGAUGCUCUUCCUCCGCCGGAAGUCGGUGCUCUGCCUGGUGGUGGCCUUUGUGUUUUGCUACUUUGUGAUCGGGCGACCUGACUGGGCGAAUGUCCUUGACCUGGAUGUCCUGCACGGAGAUAACUUUCUGACAGUUCAGCACCAGUCAACGAUCAUGGAUGUGUCCCCAGAUGUGACAGUUACUGAAAGUAGUAUUCCAUUUGUGCCUGAAGGCUUCCUCGUGUACAGCAACUCCUGUCGGAUUAUGGAGCUGGAUCCGUACAAGAGAGAGGUGAUGCGUCACUUCAAGCGGGUGAAAUACAAACCCUGCCAGAAGUUGCCUCCACUGACACGGGUGAGGUUCCAGGAGCGCUCUCAAAGGUACCUCCUCACCGUCGAUGGAGCCGCUUUCAGCCAGUAUCCGGUGAACAACAACCUCCAAUGCUGCUACAUGGCCGUGCAGCGGGUUAACGAAAUGGAGGUCAACUACACCAAGUGCCACAGCUUCAAGGGACGCACGGAGCUGCCCAAAUCCGUCGAGGAUAUCAUCGUCAAGUGCGAGUCGGGUGGCAAGCAGAUCUACAUCAAUGGUCAUGCCACCAUUCCCGUCAAGGAUGCCGUCCAGCAGCGACUCCAGGAGGCAUAUGAAAAGUCCGCAGAGUUGGAGGCCAAGACAGAGGAGCAGCAGACGCCACAAAGACCGCCCAGUGUCCUCAUGCUGGGCAUCGAUAGCAUCUCACGUGUGAAUCUCAUCCGGGCCAUGCCCAAGACGGCACAGUAUCUGUACGACAAUGAGUGGUUCGAGUUGGCGGGAUACAACAAGGUGGACGACAAUACAUUCCCAAACAUAAUGGCCCUGGCCACCGGCUAUAACCUGCACAAUGCCCAGCAGGAGUGCUCCCCAUUUGUGGUCGGUGGCCUGGACAAGUGCAAUUACAUCUGGAAGCAGUACAAGGAGCAUGGCUAUGUCACUGCCUACGCAGAGGAUGCGGUGAAGAUCAACACCUUCAACUACCUGAAGAAGGGCUUCGAGCAUCCGCCGGCAGAUUACUACCUUCGUCCGUACCUCUCCGCCGCCGAGAAGCUGCUGGAUCACACGGUGGUCAAUGGUCUCAUCCAUUGCCUCGGCUAUGAGACGGCCGCGGAGCAUGUCUACGACUAUGCCAUGGAGUUCACACGUCGAUUCCUCAACGAGACGUACUUUGGGUUCUUUUGGACAAACACACACAGCCACAGUGAUAUUUCGCAGACGAGCAGCAUGGAUGACUACAUGGCAGAGUAUCUGCGAAAGCUGGUGCGCCAGGGUACCAUGGACAAUAGCGUGGUGGUGUUCUUCAGCGAUCAUGGCCUUAGGUUCGGUCCCACGCGGGCCACCUGGUCGGGCCAUUUGGAGGAACGGCUGCCGGUUAUCUUUAUCUGGCUGCCGCAUCAUCUGCGUCAAUCCCAUCCGGAGUUUGUGCGUGCCCUGCACCUGAACAGGAAUCGCCUGACCACUCCCUACGAUCUCCAUCUGACCAUGAAGCACAUACUCUCCCUGUCCGGGCGAACGGAUAUGGCAUCCCUGGGACCGGCGCCCGACUGUCCGCAGUGUCAGAGUCUGCUGCGACCCGUCUCACCGCGGAGGACUUGUGCGGACGUGGGCAUCGAGGAUCAUUGGUGCACCUGUUGGGCAUACGACACCGUGUCGAGCACAUCGGCGGAAACGCGGAAGCUGGGCAAGAGAGUGGUGUCCUACCUAAACACAUUUGUGGCCGAGUUCCGAAACGGAACAUACGCCAAGCUCUGUGCUCCGCUGGCGCUGCAGAGCAUCCGUUCGGCGUUUAGGGCGCAUCCCAAUGCCCUCGAUCCGGACGACGUGCAUACCUAUCGAUUGAUAUUCGUGACGUCGCCCAACAAGGCAUGGUAUGAGGCCACCGUGCGUCACAACCAGACGGAUGACUCCGUGACGGUCACGGGAUCCGUGAGCCGUUUGAACGUAUAUAGUGGGGAGGCGGAGUGCAUGAAGGAUUUCGCUGCCAAGAAGUACUGCUAUUGCCGACAGAAGAAGGGAUAGAGGAUGGAGUAGGAUUAUAACAAAGGCUAGUGCCCAAGUGCCGUUACCCAGAUGCGAAUCUGGCAAUUAUAUGUGUAUAUAUAUAGCGAAUAUCUGUCUGAAACAAGGGGAGAUUUCAAAAAACAGUACUUUUUUAGUUUUCACAGAAACCAAAAUAGUUUUUUGUAUGCCUCUAAAUGAAAGCAAUGUAAUUGCUUAAUUUGACAGCAGUAUUCAAAAGUAUAGAUCCCUGUGAUCCCGCACUUCUUCCAGUUUUUGUCCAACUAUUGUUUUUAAAAUCUAUGAAACGUAUCAGAAACACUUCAUACAAAAUACCUUCUAAUUAGAUGAUGAGUAACGUCCUACGAUUUUGUUUCCUGUCUCUAGAGCUAACUCAAUCAAGGCUCAGAGACAGAUUCUAGAAAUAUGUAUGGGCGACAAGAUGCAUAUUGUUAUUAAAGGCUUUUUGCCUCAGACUCUGUAAAUAACUCUGCGCUCUAAGAAACUCUUUGGCCAAGAACUAGUUUAGUUUAUAUAUAUGUAAUUGUAUACUUAGUCGCUAUAACACUAAUUACUAUGAUUUGUAGUAGACAUUUAAUUUAUUCUAAGCCAGAUUCAAAUAUAACGGAAUUCUUUUUGAAA